CUCUCUCCUCUCCUCCAUUUCUUUUCCUCACCCUAAUUUUUCUCUGUAACCUUAUCUGAUCGAUUCUAUCCCUCUCUCACCAUAUCCUCUCCCCCCAAUCUCUCUCCGCUCCUCUCUGCGUUCUCUAUCUCACCCUAUCUUCUUGCCUCAAUCACUCUCUUACCCUACCCCUUGGCAGGUUUGUCGGAUUUAUCCUUGUCCUGUCCUCUCCACGAUUUCUCCAUCCGCCUCCCCUGAUUUCUCUCCCACGAUUUUAUCUCUAUAGCUGAUUUCUCUCCCUGAUUUCGCCGAUUCAUCCCUGGGACUCUGUCCGCCUCUCCACAAUCUCUCUCCACGAUCUCUCUUUUACCUUACCUGCGUAACACGAUCCCUCAUUGCCGAUUCAUCCUUGUCCUGUCCUCUCCACGAUUUCUCCCUCCGCCUCCCCUGAUUUCUCUCCCAUGAUUUUUAUCUCUACAACUGAUUUCUCUCCCUGAUUUUGCCGAUUCAUCCUUGGGACUCUGUCCGUCUCUUCACGAUCUCUCUCUAACUCACUUGCUUAACUCGAUCCCUCUCGCACCCUAUCUUCUAGUCGACUUGUCCACCUCUGCCUCUUCUCAUUUCUCUCUCUGAUUUUAUCUCUACGACCUACCCAGAGACCUACCCAGAGACUCUCCAUCUACACCCCUCUACCAGUUUACCCCUCCGCUCACUCUCAUGACCUUAUUUCGACUACCACUCUGAUUCUCUUUCUUUCAUUGUCCCUCUCCUAUCCCCGAUAUGAUUUGUGACAAGCUGAUCACGGGUACUGCCCUGGCCAUACGCAGAACUUUCCGGGGCCACCGGUUUGCUGUGUAGUCAGGGGUUCUUCUUUUACUCCCCCAUUUAUCUCCCAAUCAUUUGUGCUUAUCUAUUUAUUUGUAGAUUGUUUGCAUGCUCUAUGUGGUAGUUUUGUUAUGCUUAUUAAUUUAUUUAUUUUUAGUUGCUUUGCAUAUGUUAUGUACUGUGUACUCCCGUCAUUUACUUUCCCGUUGUCUCCUUUUUCUUGUCAUGAGAUUUUGGUUGGAUUUUAUCGAACCUGUAGUUACCGGUUUUGGCAUGCACGCUCUUUCUCUUUGAUUUUGAUGCUCGAUUAUUGUAUUAAGUAACUAUUCUCAUUGCACUUAAAUAUCUCUUUUUAUAUUUAUAUUUAUUUUGGUGCGUUAGGUUGGCAGCCGGCAUCUUUAUUAUAAUCAGCCACACACCUUUUACAUGGAUUCUUUUAUCCAGUCUUGAUUAUCUUUUGUUCUUUCUUAAUUUCUACCUGUUGUGUAAUGUCUCACCGUCCUGUAACGAAUGUAGUACACAAGUGUAGACUCAGACUUGCCACCUAGAACAUUGGAUCCUUAACAGAAAAAAAGCAUGGAGUUGAAAGAUGUUAUGAGGAGAAGAAAGAUUAAUAUUGCGUGUAAUAUUGCGUGUAUACAAGAGGCUAGAUGGAAGGGGAAAAAAGCUAAGGUGUUGAUUGACUUUAAGCUUUAGUAUUCAGGAGAUCAAGUCACAAAGGAGGAGUAGGCAUAGUUGUGGACAAAGACCUAGAGAAUGACGUUGUGGAUGUGAAGAGAGUGGGAAAUAGGAUCAUAUCCACCAAGAUGAUUUUGGAGGAAGAGACUGUUAAUAUAAUUAGCGCAUACGCACCACAGUUAGGGUUGGAUGAAGGCAAUAAGAUACAAUUUUGGGAAGACAUGGAUGGAUUAGUGGAUCAGUAUAGCCAGGAUGAAAAGAUUAUUAUAGGGCGUGACUUGAAUGGACAUGUUGGGAAGGAUCGACGAGGAUAGGAGGAUGUAAAUUGAGGUUAUGGUGUUGGGGAGAGGAAUGAGGAGGGGAUCUUUGUUUUUGACUUUGCAGUUGCCUAUGAUCUACCUAUUGUGAGCAACUUUAAAAAGAGAGAGGAACAUCUUGUCACUUAUAGAAGCGGACUGCAUAAUAGCCAAAUUGACUUUUUCUAACUCAAAGGGCCGAUAGAUUGUUGUGCAAGGAUUGUAAGGUUAUACCUAGGGAGAGCCUUACUUCCAGCAUAGAUUGGUGGUCUUGGAUAUGAGUCUAUGUCCAUAAACUCAUAAGAAAGGGAAGCCUAUUUGCCCGAAGGUUAGAUGGUGGGGAUUAAAGGGAGACACACUGGAUGCAUUUACUGAUACAGUGAUCAAACAAGGAAAGUGGAACAAUGAUGGAGACUCUAAUGUGAUGUCGACUAAGAUGUCGGCUUGUAUUGAGAGGGUUGCUAAAAGGUCCUAGGGGAAUCAAUAGGCACCUGUCGCGGCCAUAGAGACAUUUGGUGGUAGGAUGAUGAGGUCUAGGCGAUCAUUAAGUUUAAGAAAGAUUGCUUUAGACUUGGCAAAGGACUAAGGAGGUAGAUGAUAAAAAGAGAUAUUAUGCUGCCAGAAAUGAAGUUAGAAAACUUGUGGGGAAAGCGAGUGCGAAAAAAUAUGAUGAGCUUUAUAAUAACCUAAGCACUAAGGCUAGGGAAAAAGCUAUAUCAGAUUGCUAAAAUGACGGAUAUAAAUGGCAGAGAUUUUGAGCAUGUCAGCAGUAUCAAGGUUGAGAAUCGUAUGGUGUUUGUAAAGGAUGAAGGCAUUUUGAAGAGAUGGGAUGAUUAUUUUUGCAAAUUAUUAAAUGGAGACAGCUUAAGUGGGUCUAACAGGGAAGAGUGCAUCACUCAGCAAGACACUACACGGCAUGCACAUACACGUAACAUUAGUGCGGUUGAAGUUAAAGAUGCCUUAAGAAAGAUGAAAUCAAGUAAGACUCCUGGCCUAGACGAAGUCCUAAUAGAAGCUCGGAAAAAGCUUUGGACUUUGUGGUGUAUCAUGGUUAACCAACCUUUUUUAACAAGAUAAUGAGCACAAAGAAAAUGGCAGACGAGUGGAGGAGGAGCAUUGCUGUACCCAUUUACAAAAAACAAUUGGAAUAUUCAAGAUUGCAACAACCAUAGAGGCAUAAAACUUAUGAGCCAUAUUAUGAAGCUUUGGGAGAAGGUUAUUGAAGCCCGCUUGAGAAGAGAAUCUGAUGUCUUAACCAAUUUGGUUUCAUGCCAAAUAGAUCUACUACUGAAGCCAUCUACCUUCUUAGAAGACUCAUGAAAACCUAUAAAACUGCCAAGAAAGGCCUACACAUGGUCUUUAUUGAUUUGGAAAAGGCCUAUGAUAAGAGUCCUUAUAGAGUUAUUCUGGCAUGUUCUAGAGAAGAGAAGGGCGUUGAGCAGAUAUGCAGACAUAAUUAAAGAUAUGAUGAAAUGGUGACUAGUGUGAGAACUAAGAGUGAUCAGGGGAGCGAGUUCCCAAUUACUAUUGGGCUUCAUCAAGGAUCAGCCUUAAGCCCUUACCUAUUUGUACUUGUAAUGAAUUUUCCCUUACGUUGGAAAAUGACAUGGCGACUAUUGAGGGGAGAGAGAUACAACAAAGUGACUUCUUUAGAUAUUUGGGAUCUAUCAUAAAUAAGGAAGGUGAUAUAGAAGAUGAUGUGUCACAUAGAAUUAAAGUUGGAAGGAUGAAGUGAGAUGUGAGACCAGAGUUUUGUGUGACCGAUGUGUCUGUAAAAAACUUAAAGGAAAAUUCUAUAAGACAGUCAUACGCCCAACCAUGAUAUAUGGUGCGGAAUGUUAGGCAGUGAAGAAGCAACAUAUUAAUAAGCAGUUUGUAGCGGAGAUGAGAAUGUAAAGAUGGAUGUGCGGGAAAACUAAGAAAGAUAAGUCAAGGAAUGAAAGCAUUUGAGUGGACUUGGGGGUUGCCCCAAUCUAUGAUAAAUUUCGGAAAAAUCACUUGAGAUGGUAUGGCCAUGUUCAACAGAGGCCAUUGGAUGCACUAGUGAGGAGGACUGAUAUGAUCCAACUAGAAGGACAUAAAAGAGCUAGGGGCGGACCAAAAUGACCAUAGGAGAAGUGAUGAGAAAAGACAUGCACAGAUUAGGCCUUGCGCCAAGUAUGGCAUUGAACAGAAUGGAUUGGAGGUCCAGGAUCCGGAUAGCAAACCCAUAUAGCUGUGUCUACUUCGUUACUAUUUUUGCGAUUUGCUUUCUGUCACUUAUUUUUCCAUGUUGUAUACAUAUAUAUAUAUAUAUAUAUAUAUAGACACACACACACACACACACACACACACACACACACACACUCUCUCCAGCUCGAGGGGGAGUGUUGAAUAUUGUACUGCUUGAUUAAUAUAAGGUAGAGGUUGUCCAUGACAGAGGCAUUCCAUUCCAUUCCUAUCUUGUUUACCCUCUCUCCUCUUCUCCAUCCCCAUUGUUCUCAUCUCUUCUUCACACAGGCCCUGGUGAUUGAGGUUUCUCAUAAUAAGAAUUUGGUUUAUUUGAGAAACAUGUCUCUAAUUCAUGGAUUUUCGUAUAUUUUCUGCUUCCAACCAUUUUGUGUAACAGUAGGAGAAAACCUGUGCCAUGCACAGGAGGUUAAGGAAAUAAAUAUUAGGUCUGGGACCUUCUCCUUCUUCUGAUCUUAUGCUUUCCGUUUUCUUUUGGCUGAGGUUUACUCGUCUAGUGGUAGUGGUAGUGGUAGUGGUAGUGGAGAUCAAAGUAUGUGUCCUGUUUUUGUGUUGCUUUAAUAAUUGUAUUACCACCAUAAAUGUUUAAAAAAAAAAAGAACUGUAUGUGGAUAAUGGAAGAUUCAGUUGCAUCAGGUUUACAGAACAACUACAAUUUACGGUGAUGAGCUGAUUGUUUGAAAAAUCCAAGUACAGCUUCAGGUGAAACCAAAAUAGGUAUAGAACUGAGAGAGACCUCUAUUUGCAGCAUUGCUGCAAUACCACUUCCAAUCAGAAUCCAAAAUUGUAAUUGCAGGGAUCUGGAAUGGAGCAAGGGACAAAUCGAGAUUCAGAAAAAUGGAGAUGAUUUUGCAAUCUUAUUGUUAAACGUUAACAAAGAAUGAGAAGAGAGAAUGAUGAAAAAUUAAGUAACAAAAUGGUGGUGAACCAUCUUUGUAUAGCCAUCUCUCUCUUCAUCUUCUGAAUGGGAAAAAUUGAUUUGUCAAUGCCAAAAACCCUUUUUAAAGCUGGAUGAUUUUGCAUUACUAGAAGUCAAAUGUUCUUCUGUGCCAAAGAGAUAAUGAUACUUAAUGACCUUGGAGAUUGAACAUAAGAAAUUAGAGGACUAAAUAUGGAUUCAAAGAGAAGUCGUCCGGAAUCAAAUCAGAGGAUGGCAAUUUGGAUGAGAGAACCUUUUCUAUUACUCCGAUGUCUGUGUAGGAGAUACAAAGAGGCUUUUAGGAACAGGGAAACACGAGAAAGAAAGGCGUGAAUAUCUGCAAUAUAUGUGUUGAGACAUGGUCCUAUCUGGUGAAAGCCUAUGUGUGAUAGGGAUAAAACCAAAACCUGAUCCAGUGGGAUCAGUUGGCAUAGGUAGGGGGGAGAUUUAUUUUGAAUAAUGCCAGGAUUAAAGAGAUUUUUGGAUAAAGAGUUUCAUAGGGAGAGUUUCCUAUUUCCUAAGAGGGAUCUACUUUCUAAUUUUCCUUUUUCGAAUUGAGAUUUAAAAUAAAAAUACAUGCCUGUCCUGCACACUAGUGAUAUGAAUUGCAGGAUGGAACAUGUGAUUUAUCAGGUUGACUUAAAUGAUUUUCAUACUAAGCCAUAUUUGUUGGUGCAGAAUUUUGCAUAUCAAUUCUGUAGCCUCAUAAGCUUUCAUGGAAGUUGUUGGUGGAGUGCCUUUUUCCAUACAAACUAUUGCACAAUCGGGUCUUUUUGAUGUUCCUUCCCAAUACUUACAACCACCUGAAAGUCGACCUGGAUUCUGUCAUGAAAGUUCAGAUUCAAGCAUCCCCGUGGUCAAUCUCUUCCACUGUGAGACCAAACAAUUGGGCAAUGUGCAUAAGGAGCUUUCCUGUGCUUGCAGUGAAUGGGGGGCUUUCCAGGUCAUUAAUCAUGGUGUUCCAAAGCAGUUGCUUGACUGCAUGAGGAGUGCAGGACUUUCAUUUUUCAAAGAACUUUCAGAGGAAAAGAGGGAUAAGUACAGAUGUGAUCUAAACUCUGCUGCUUCCGAGGGUUAUGGCAGCAAAAUGUUGAUGAAAGAGGACAGUGUUCUGGACUGGAGGGUUUACUUUGAUCACCAUACGCUACCAUUAUCUCGACGUAAUCCAAUACGGUGGCCAGACUCUCAUCCUAAUUACAGGGAAACUGUUGUGGAGUAUAGUGAGCACAUGAUGACACUAGCUCAGAAACUCUUGAGUUUGAUCUCUGAAAGUCUUGGUCUGCCAUCCUCAUGUAUGGAAGAGGCAUUGGGGGAAAUCUACCAGAAUAUCACAGUCAGCUUUUAUCCAAGUUGCCCCCAGCCAGAGCUUACACUAGGUUUGCAGGCCCAUUCUGACAUGGGUGCCAUUACACUUCUGAUACAAGAUGAUGUUGCAGGUCUUCAGGUAUUGAAGGAUGACCAGUGGUUAACCGUACGACCUUUAUCUGAUGCUAUCGUUGUUCUUUUGGCUGACCAGACUGAGCUGAAUGGUGGGUGCAAUAUGGAAGAGACUCAAACAACUUGUCUAAAGUAGCAAUUAAAGUGUUAUCCCUGACAUGUUCCGCCACUAGGUGUGAGUGCAAUUGGAGUACUUUCAAUCCAUACACUCAAAGAGACGGAACCAAUUGGAUGCUAUAUGAUUGUCAGACUUGGUGUAUAUGCACUAUAAUAUGAGAUUGAAAGAAGAGCACAUAUGCUUUGGCAUGUAGAAUGAUACUACCUCAAUCGAGCUUUGCCGAUAUCUUCCAAAUAGAUGACGAUGAUGAAGAUCCCCUUUAUGAGUGGGUUAGAGAUCGAGGUAAGCCACUUUUAGAUGAGCCUGGUGGUUGGCCUAGCAGUCAUAUUGCUUCAGGAAUGGAUGUUGAUGUUGAAGAAUAUAUGUCAGAAGAGGGCAGAAUUCACUCAGAGACACCCAAUCCAUUUGAGUCCCACCCUGGAGUUGGAAAUAAAGAAGAGCGCUGGUCACCUUCAUCGUCUUCCACUUGGACCCCUAACCCGACACAAGAUGAUGAUGAUGAUGACGAUGACGAUGACGAUGACGAUGACGAUGGUGAUGGUGAUGGUGGGUAUAAUGGCGAUGAUAGAUUAGCUACCCUGCGAGAGGAGGAUGAUAGGAUGUGAAGAGAUCCGGUUUCACAACCAUCACUAAUCAGAUUCACAAGGGAGACUGAGUUCACCCAUACCACGCAAGAUGAACAUCACGAUUUUCGACAACAGAGGCUGUAGUAGAGGAUCUCGCAGGAGGUUCGGGCCUGAAGAUGAGACAACUGGGAUGGGCCAAAGCAUGUAUAUAUCUAGCUUGUCUGGCACAAUGGAAACCAUGAGUUUGGGACAGAGUGGAGGAUUUGGGCAUUUGCUUGCACCAGAAUUCAUUGACUUGAGCCCUAGUCCAAUACAUCAUGGUGAUAGUGGCUUUGAGAGUGCCGGAUCAGCUGCAUCACAUUAUGGGUAUCCAUCAUAUGAUGUAUAUGCCGGUAGACCAUCCUUCAAGAGCACCGGUUCAUUUGGAUAUGGUGGUGGGUAUGGACAGUAUGGUAUAUCUUCUACCUCAUUUGAACAGGAGGGUAGUUCAGGUGGUGGGUCAUCUUUUGUUGACAGUAUCUUUGGGUAUCCUUCCCAACCUUGUGUGCUAUAUCCACAUACUAUUACUGUGACUGAGUCAUUCCCUAGGCUGAGAUACCUAGCUGAUGUUGAUGCAUUUUAUUGAUGGGUAGUGAUAGACUACCAAAAUAAUUGGGCCCAAAACAUGUCAUGGGACGCAUAUGUGAUGCAUUCAGAGGAGCGGCAAUGACAUCUGCAGUGGUACGCAGCUCGUGGACUUGAACCGAGUAGACACUUUACUUGGAAUUGACUUUUGAGUGUUGAGUGUUGAGAGAUGACUCAUGAUGAUGUAAUUUUAUUAUUUAUUUUGGAUCCUUUGUAUUAUGUAUUGAUGUAGAUUGUAGACUAUGUAUUUAUGUAAUAUAGUUUCAGACUUUCAAUCAACAA